GGAGCACCAUGGGGGACAGCGACGACGAGUACGACCGGCGCCGGCGCGACAAGUUCCGGCGGGAACGCAGCGACUACGACCGCUCGCGGGAGAGGGACGACCGCCGCCGCGACGACUGGAGCGAUCGGGACUGGGACCGCGGGCGGGAACGCCGGAGCCGGGGCGAGUACCGGGAUUACGACCGGACGCGCCGGGAACGCUUCUCGCCCCCCCGCCAUGAGCUCAGUCCCCCCCAGAAACGCUUGCGCCGUGACUGGGAUGAGCACAGCGGUGACCCUUACCACAGCGGCUACGACAUGCCCUACAGCGGGGGGGGCGCCGGCCCCACCUACGGUCCCCCCCAACCCUGGGGGCACCCCGAAAUGCACGUCAUGCAGCACCACAUUCUCCCUAUCCAGGCCAGAUUGGGGAACAUCGCGGAGGUGGACCUGGGGAUGGCUCCCCCGGUGAUGAAGAGCUUCAAGGAAUUCCUGCUGUCGUUGGAUGAUGCGGUGGACGAGACGGAGGCCGUUAAGCGUUAUAAUGACUACAAGCUUGAUUUCCGCCGUCAGCAGAUGCAGGAUUUCUUCCUGGCGCAUAAAGACGAGGAGUGGUUCCGCUCCAAGUACCACCCAGAUGAGGCGGGGAAGCGGAAGCAGGAGGCGCAGGCGGCCCUGAGGAACCGCCUCAACGUCUUCCUCUACCUCUCGGACAACGGCUGGUUCGACAAUCUCCUCCUCGACAUCGAUCGUGCCCCCGCCAUCAUCAAGACCCUUGAUGCUGCGGUGAUUAAGAUGGAGGGGGGUACAGAGAACGACCUGCGCAUCCUGGAGCAGGAGGAGGAGGAGGAGCGGCAGGAGAAGGUCGAAGCAGCCAAAAAGGAGGAACCGCGACCCCCUGAUGCUGACCGCAAAGCCCCCGAGCGUGAGGAGAAGGAGGAGGGGAAGAAGGGCGAGGGGGAGGCGCCGGGUGAGGAGAAGGCCAAGAAGGGGCCGGAGGAAGAGGAGGAGAAGGAGAAGGGACGGAAGGAGGAGGAAGGCGACAAGGAGAGCAAGAAGGAGAAAGGGAAGGAGGAGAAGGGGCGCGAGGAAGAGGGGGGUCCGGUGGCACCGAAGGCCAAGGAGAAGGAAGGGGGGGACCCCAAACCCCGGCCGCUCCACAAAACCUGCUCCCUCUUCAUGCGCAACAUCGCCCCCAACAUCUCCCAGGCAGAGAUCGUGGCGCUCUGCAAGCGUUACCCCGGCUUCAUGCGUGUGGCUCUGUCGGACCCCCAACCCGAGAGGAGGUUUUUCCGUCGGGGUUGGGUCACCUUCGACCGCAGUGUCAACAUCAAGGAGAUCUGCUGGAGCCUCCAGAAUAUUCGGCUGCGUGACUGCGAACUGAGCCCGGGGGUGAACCGGGACCUGACACGGCGGGUGCGCAACGUCAGUGGCAUCACCCAGCACCGCCCCAUUGUCCGCAAUGAUAUCAAGCUGGCCGCCCGCCUGGUCCACGCCCUCGACGGCCGUGCCCAGCUUUGGGGGGCUCCCACCCCCACCCCGGGAGGGGGAGCAGCGGUGCCGUCGCAGAACCCGGUGCUGAAGCACAUCACGGAUUACCUGAUCGAGGAAGUGAGCGCGGAGGAGGAGGAGCUGCUGGGGCGCGGUGGGGGGGACACCGAGGAGGGGCCCCGCGAGGCCAACCCCACUGAGGUCACCGUCGAGAGGGACGAGAAGCUCCUCAAGGUGCUGGACCGGCUCCUGCUCUACCUGCGCAUCGUCCACUCAGUCGACUACUACAACACCUCUGAGUACAUCAACGAGGACGAGAUGCCCAACCGCUGCGGCAUCGUCCACGUGCGGGGGCCCCUGCCCCCCAACCGCGUCUCCCAUGGAGAGG